GCCCAUCUCACGCGGUAUUUUCUGCUAAAUGUCAAAAAAGAUCACUUCAUCUCAGACGCGUCCGCAAUUAAAAGGGUAUUCUUUUUCACUUUUUGUGGAAAAAAAAAGAGUAUUCUCGCCUUCCUCUCCAAUUUACCCGCACAGAGAAGCAGGAAUUCUUCGUUUGGAUUUCCCUCAAGCGAACGUAAUGGGUGGUGGAAAUGGCAACCAUGAUGACACUUCUGAGAAGGGUUUUUUGUCAAACCUGGCACAUGCAUUUGGUGCAGGAUACCCAUUCCGCCCACCAUAUCCACAACAAGGAUACCCUUCAGCACCUGGAGCAUAUCCACAACAAGGAUACCCUUCAGCUCCUGGAGCAUAUCCACCUCAAGGUUACCCUUCAGCACCUGGAGCAUACCCUCCGCAUGGUUAUCCUCCGCAAGGUUAUCCUCCGCAUGGCUACCCACCAACAGGACAUCAGUCCCAUGGCGCAUACCCUCCAGCCGGUUAUCCUGGUCCUUCUGCUCAUGGCCAUGGGUCUAGCAUGGGGGCUUUAUUAGCAGGCGGUGCAGCUGCUGCAGCCACUGCUUAUGGUGUUCAUCAGCUUUCUCAUCAUGGCCACAUGGCCUACCAUGGAUUCGGACACCAUGGGAAAUUUAAGCAUGGAAAGUUCAAGCAUGGGAAAUUUGGCAAGCAUAUGAGGCUUGGGGGGAAGCACAGACUGUUUGGCAAACAUAAAAUGUUUGGAGGCAAGUUCAGAAAGUGGAAGUGAUUGAGAUGCUUAUGCCUACUGACUUCUUUAGGAAUAGACAGUUUUCUAUUACUGUUUGGGUUCUUCGUCAAUUACUUUGUUCAGGGCUUCUCUAUCUUUAUCAUGAGCCAAAAACUUUGUCUAUACUAAAAAUCGCUUGGAGUUCCAUAUGUGGGUGUGGUUUGUACUGCUUGGUUAUAUAUCUAUCCUUGAAGAUAAAUGCACAUAAUAAUCAGCUUUGUGUGGUUUGAACCAUCUCUGAGCUUGUGUGAUUCAAAUCUUUUUGAAAAGAAGAAAAUUUCUUGCUGGAUUCUAAGAA